AUGCGCUUUUCUUCCUCUGCUCGACCUUUCUUGUCCACCACCACCAUUACAGCUGGUACAAAGCAAUCGAUCCGUCACAUCACCAACACCUCCUCUCGGACACCUCUCACCCCAACCUUCGCUCGCUCCAAAAGCACCCAUCACCCACCCACCCACAUCCCUUCAACAACCAAAUCUCCCGUCCUGCCCAAACCAUCACACAUCGCAUCCACUCUUCCAUCUGAAGAAGUCGACGUCACAGCCACACCUUCCUCCUCACACCCCAAACCACCUCCUUACGCCGGUCCACCCCGUCUCGUCCGUUACGAGCAUCCUUCGCAGUCUCCACUCUCGCUCUAUCCCAGCUCAUACGCACACGCUUCCUACCCAGAUCCCGUAUCGUAUCGCGCGCACCUAUCGAACCGUCGUGCACCAGCAAGUUUGUUCGGACUUUUCCCAAGUACAAGUGUUACAGCGGCUAGUUUGAAGGCUAGUUCGGAUCCAUACGCUUAUUCUGGCAAUACAGGAGGGUCGACAAUCCAGACAAGUAUCCCGACUCCUACGCAAGCAAUCUCAACAGCAAAUAGCACAAUGACGGCCAAUACUUCGUCCAUCGUUGAUGCGACAAAGAGCGGGGAGGCGGAAUUGCAUCAGCGUAAGAAGAAUGCCUCGCCUAACGGUGUCAACGCAGGCACCAAGACUAGCGCUGUUCUCGGUCACUCCCAUUCACACUCACACCAUCAUGGUCAUCAUCACGGCCACGAUCAUGGCUCAGCUGAAGAGGCAGACGCUCUCCUAGCCGCUCUUAAAGGCAAAGGUGAUCGUGGAUCCAACAUUACCCUCGCUGGCUUAGUCUCGAAUAUCGGUCUAUGCGGUGCAAAAGGUGUUGCCGGAGUCUACUUGAACUCUGCUGCUCUACUUGCUGACGCUGCGCAUUCGUUAUCGGACAUGUUUGCAGACUUGGUAACAUUGUUCUGUUGGAAGAUGUCCCAGAAACCUCCUUCCGCCUCCCACCCGCUUGGGUACGGCAAGUACGAAACGAUGGGUUCGCUAGGUGUUUCACUAGUCCUAGUCGCAGGUGCGGUCGGAAUUGGUUUUCAUUCAUACGGACUACUACUGGAAGCAUUGCAGCCAACACUAGCACAUGCUCCAGCAGCGUUGCAAGCAUUAGGAAGUUUCACGGGAAGUAUCGCUAGUUUGCAUUCCCACGAUCACGGGAGCGUAAGUGAUAGCGGAGGAGUGUUGGAUCCAAAUGCAAUGUGGUUUGCGCUAUUGAGUAUCGUCGUGAAGGAAUGGCUGUAUCAUGCAACACUGAAGAUUGCAAAGGAGGAGAACAGCUCGGUUUUGGAAGCUAAUGCACUUCAUCAUCGAUCCGACUCCCUCUCUUCUGCAGUGACCUUCUUGGCUAUUGGUGGGUCUUGGUUAGGUUUCCCAGUGUUGGAUCCACUAGGAGGACUACUAGUGGCGGGGUUGAUUGGUAAACAAGGAGCAGACCUACUCAUUGGAGCACUAGGGGAGUUGAGCGAUAAAGGUGUGGAACCAGAGACGUUGCAAACGUUCGAUGCGGCCAUCGUGGAGGUCCAAAAGAACCAUCCAUUGUUGCUAGGAUGGAAGGAUUUGAGGGCGGUCAAGUCAGGUGUUAGCACAUUUGCUGAUGUUACACUGCAACUCCCGAACGAUGCUACGCUGAAACAGGCAAGUGAAGUCGAAAAGGCGGUAAGGGACGCUAUCGUGGGUUGUGUAAAAGGAGUAAAGGAGGUCAGAGUUCGGUUGGUUACUGUUGAUGCUGAUGUCAACUGA